AGCUGAUUCUUCUCAUAGAAAAACCCAACCUGUCUCUUCCUUUCAAUCAUCUCUACGAUUAAAAAACAGAAGAAGAAGAAAUCAUGAACACGGUGUAUUCGAUUUAAUUGCCCAAACACUCCUCGAAAGAAGAAAACGGGAAUAAGACAAUAAAAGGAAAAAAAGAAAAAAAAUCAACAGCUUCUAGAGCCUCUCUCCUACAACGAAAAGAAGAAAAGAGAAGAAAUGGGUACUCUUGAGCCCCCCAGGAGAAGAGUGGCAUUUAUACUGAUUGAUGGACUGGGCGAUGUCUCACUGCCGAGAUUCCAAUAUCGGACUCCUCUUCAAGUAGCCAAAACACCCAAUUUGGACGCCAUUGCUUCGGCAGGAGUGAAUGGGCUCAUGGACCCUGUUGAACCCGGCUUGGCUUGCGGGAGCGACACUGCACACCUCUCACUAUUGGGGUAUGAUCCGAGAAUCUACUAUCGAGGUCGAGGUGCUUUUGAAUCUAUGGGUGCCGGAUUGGCAAUGUCCCCAGGAGAUAUUGCAUUCAAGGCCAUCCGCAAUAGUCGAUGGGACUUGCAAGAUGCUUGGUCUGGAUCACAAAAUGGUGUGGAAGAAAGGUCAAACUUUGCUACAAUGGAUCAAAACACAGGGAUUGUUACGAGCAGGAGGGCUGAUAGGCACUUUGAGGAAGAGGGCCCAAUCCUAUGUGCAGCAUUGGAUGGGAUGAAGCUUCCAUCUUUUCCUGAAUAUGAAGUGAGAGUCAGAUACGCCACGGAACAUAGAUGUGGGGUGGUUGUGAAGGGGCCUAGGCUGAGUGGAAAUAUAUCAGGGACAGACCCUUUGAAGGACAAUCGCUUACUUUUGAAAGCUGAAGCUCUGGAUGAUACAGAGGAAGCUAAGAAUACGGCUGUGGUUGUCAAUGAGCUAUCCAAGGAGAUAUCGAAAAUACUGGUUUCUCACCCAUUAAAUAAAAAACGUGCGGAAGAAGGGAAGAACAUUGCGAAUGUCGUCCUCUUGCGAGGUUGUGGAAUUCGAAUUGAGGUUCCGGCAUUUGAACAGAUGCAUGGUUUGUGGCCAUGCAUGGUAGCUCCAACCAAGAUUAUUGCAGGGCUGGGCCUGUCGUUGGGAAUUGAUAUUCUAGAAGCGCCUGGAGCAACUGGAGAUUAUCGAACGCUCCUAACCUCCAAAGCAACAGCUAUUGCAAAAGCUCUUUCUGCUCCAUUGCAGCCGUGCCCUCGUGUUUUUGUACCAGGAGGGGACGAUCAGAAAGCAGGUCGUGCAGAUGGAUAUGAUUUUGGUUUCCUUCACAUAAAGGCAAUAGAUGACGCUGGCCAUGAUAAAGCGAGCGUGUUGAAAGUCAGAGGGUUGGAAGCCGUUGACCGAGCAAUCGGUCAGCUCACCAGGCUCCUCUGGCAAGCGGAAUCGACUGGAAAGUUCCGUUACUUCCUUUGUGUCACUGGAGAUCAUUCUACACCAGUCGAGUAUGGGGACCACAGCUUUGAACCUGUCCCGUUUGCGCUGUGCCGGUUAGCAGACUACGUGAGUGCAGUGGGUGGGGAGGCUGUUGUGAUGGGAACUCCCCUUGAUUCAUUUCCACUGCCUUCCAUAGAGGCUGGCGAAGACCUUAGGGAAGAUUUUGAGGUAUCGGAGGAGAACCGAAGAGAGGGUAGUAAGGCUUUUGGUGGUGAUUCGGUUAGUCAGUGUGAUGAGAUAGCAGCUGCAAGGGGGUGUCUUGGGCGGUUUCCGGGGAGUGAGAUGAUGGGGAUAAUAAAGACAUUUAUUCAUAUGAAGGUUUGAAUGUAGUCCUCUGAUGCUUAAGAAAUCCUGAGGUUUAAAUCAUGGGUUUCAUCUAAUAGUCAUUUUCUAACUUAAGGGAAGAUGAUGAUCAUGUAUGAGUCUGAUGGUUGGAAGUGGGAAUAAAGAGUAAGGUGGUUUGAUUACUAAAGGCAUUCAAUCAGUUGAAUGUAUGAGAAUGUUUUUUAUUAUUUAUUUAUUAUUAUUU